AUGGACAACGGGACCUCGGCAACCGACAUUAUCACCUACAUUGGCGUUCCUCUCGCUGUGAUUGGUGUUCUCCCGAUUCUCUACACGUCCUUCCGGGCUCUAUGGACACAGCGAUUGAUCAGGUCAACUCUCAAUCGCCAUGGUCUACUCGACUCCCUUACACGUGUCAGUCUUAUUGGGGGCAUUGUAGAGGUGGAGUUGCCGCGAUGCUCGAUCACCCCACUCGAUCGCGAGUCAGAUGCCAAAUACUGGAAAUUGAACGCGUCUCAUGUGCCCCUGAAGGGCGGCAGCUGGUCAAUGUUUCACUGGAACCGGCUGGUCACUGGGAGAGUGAUGUAUCGCUGCCAAUUCAAGGACGAAUUGACUAUCCCGCAGGCGGAUAUUGAUUUUGAAGAGCUUGUCGCGUUUCUGCUCGACCGUGGAGCUGUUCCAGACCCCCAUGGAUGGCAUAUACUGAAAACAGUCGGUCUCUGGACACCGCCGGGCACAGCAAUGCUGCGCCCGCCACGAGGCAUGUCCGGAGCGGUUCUUACAGUUGCGCCACCGGACGAUUCUGAUGGAGUGCUGAGCUUACAGGUCAAUUGGGAAGUGCAAUGGGACCAGAGGAACUCAAACAGCUUGCCUCCUUUCUGGACAAGACUUGAACAGCCGAGAUCAGUCAAAGCGGACAGCGACGAAGGGAUCUUUUCUGCAUCGAUGAAAGAGCUCAAGGGUGCUGCAGGGUCUGAAAUUGGACAGGGCAAGACAUUGAGUCGUCAAAAUACACUUGUGGCUGAUUCAAUUGCAGAGUCCAGUUCUUCAAAACCAUUCUCACUUCUGACUGAGAUUGAGGAAAUGAAAGCACUUGUCACGAAGUCCGACGCUGUUAGUGUCCGAUUCAAGAUAGAUCACGACCAUGUGAAGCGCGUGAUUUUUGAGUGUGAUAGCGCCCCGACUGGUGAGCCUCGGGACCUUUCCAGUCUCGGAGAUAUAUUUGGUCUGUGGCUUGCCUGUACUGCCUCCGCAUUGAGUCAAGAUGGAGACUCCGGGUUAUGGAACUUCGCCAUUCCGAGCCAUAUUGCUGAGUUUACGCGACAAAAGUCAAUACCCUGUGGCGUGAUGGUUGUGCUGGGUCUUUUGAGCGAAGACAACGUGCCACCUUGGGCCUCGCCGCCACCCUCGACAGUGGAAUCAAGGUUCGAUACUCAACAGCGAAUGGAAGAGGAUUCACUAGCUCGACGAAUGGAAGGCGCCAUGCCACCAGUGCAGGCUGCAGAAGCCAGAAGGGUCAGAAUGCUGCGCGAGUCACAGCGAUUUCAUCAGAGCCACCUCAGGAGGUUGCAAGCUCAGGAAGAGUACCAACAACGACGACUAAUUGAAGCCAUCCAAUCGCCACGGCUAGACAAUCAAGUCAUCGCUGAGGCCAACCUUGCCUACCUCGUGAGUCAGGAUAUCGUGCCUAGCACCUAUACGCUCCGUGAUUUAGCCCAAGCUGUGCUGUAUCUUAUGAUACUGGACGAAGGCCAAGCGAAGCUCAUCUCUGAUAUCCUUGAGAGAUGGAUGUUAUGGUGCCAGUUUGGGGGUAUGCAGAAGGUCCAACUGACGUUGUUGAUGGAGAACAAGGUUGCGUUCUGCUAUGCCUCUGCGCUUGUUGCUGUGGUGCAGCGAGCCAAUUCGGCGGGUGGCAACUUGUCCUCGGAUAUGCUUGACUGCAUGAGGUCGUGGAAAAGGGUGAGGCUGGGAUAG